CCGAGUCCCGAAAGGGCGGGAAGGGCCCCUCCCGCAGCCACAACCGCCGGUGUGGGGGGCGUGGCUCUGCCCGGCCCCGCCUCCAAGUCACGUGGCGGAGGCGGCGGAGAGGGGGGGCCCGCUGUGAGCGACGCGUGCAGGAUGGUGGCGGCGGCCGAAGCUGAGCCAGGCGGCGGCGGCGGCGGCUAGAAAAUGGCGGAUUUCGAGGAGCUGAGGACACAAAUAUGGUGACCCUUUUAAGAAAACGUCGCCUACAAAGACGAGCAAGAUACUUAACUAAGAAACAGAAAGCUACCUCGGCAGCUUCUAACUUACAAAAUAUGGUAUCAAGUUUUCGGGUCUCUGAACUACAAGUGCUGUUGGGUUUUGCGGGACGUAACAAAAGUGGGCGCAAACAUGACCUCCUGAUGAGGGCAUUGCACUUGCUGAAGAGUGGCUGUAGCCCGGCAGUUCAGAUCAAGAUCCGAGAACUCUACAGGCGACGGUAUCCCAGGGCAAUAGAAGGCCUUUCAGACUUAUCUGCUAUAAAACCUUCAGUCUUCAGUUUGGAUAGUAGCUCUUCUCCUGUGGAAACUGACUUGGCUGUUGCUGGACUCCACCCAAUACCAUCGACUUCAGUCACUCCUCAGUCCCCUUCCUCACCUCUUGGUUCAGUGCUACUUCAGGACACGAAGCCUCGCUUUGAGAUGCAGCAGCCAUCUCCUCCCAUUCCUCCGGUGCAUCCUGAUGUUCAGCUGAAGAGCCUCCCCUUUUAUGAUGUGCUUGAUGUUCUUAUCAAACCUACUAGCUUAGUACAAAGCAGUAUUCAGAGGUUCCAAGAAAAGUUCUUUAUCUUUGCUUUAACACCUCAACAAGUCAGAGAAAUCUGCAUUUCCAGGGACUUUUUGCCAGGGGGCAGAAGAGAUUACACUGUACAAGUUCAGCUGAGAUUGUGCCUGGCAGAGACGAGUUGCCCUCAAGAAGAUAACUACCCCAGUAGCUUGUGCAUAAAAGUAAAUGGGAAACUCUUUCCAUUACCAGGAUAUGCACCACCCCCCAAAAAUGGGAUUGAGCAAAAGAGACCUGGGCGCCCCUUGAAUAUUACGUCUUUAGUCAGGCUAUCCUCUGCAGUGCCAAAUCAGAUUUCUAUAUCCUGGGCAUCUGAAAUCGGAAAAAGUUACUCUAUGUCUGUGUAUCUUGUACGCCAGCUCACUUCAGCCAUGUUGCUGCAGAGGCUGAAGAUGAAAGGCAUUCGAAACCCUGACCAUUCAAGGGCACUGAUUAAAGAGAAACUCACUGCUGACCCAGAUAGUGAAAUUGCCACUACCAGUCUGCGGGUAUCAUUGAUGUGUCCUCUGGGGAAAAUGAGGCUGACCAUUCCCUGCCGUGCUGUUACUUGCACUCACCUGCAGUGUUUUGAUGCUGCUCUCUAUCUACAAAUGAAUGAAAAGAAACCCACCUGGAUAUGUCCUGUGUGUGACAAGAAAGCUGCCUAUGAGAGUCUCAUCUUAGAUGGGCUCUUUAUGGAAAUUUUAAAUGACUGUUCAGAUGUAGAUGAGAUCAAAUUUCAGGAGGAUGGUUCCUGGUGCCCUAUGAGGCCAAAGAAGGAGGCUCUGAAAGUAGCUGGCACCCAGUGCACCAAAAUAGAAAGUUCCAGCAUGGUCAACAAGCCCUGCUCCGCACCCGCAGCCCCUGGUGAAGUCAGCAAGAAGAAAGUUGAUGUCAUUGACCUCACUGUUGGGAGUUCAUCCGAUGAAGAGGAAGAUGCACCUCCUAAGAGGAAAUGCAUAUAUAUGUCUGACACACAAGCAAGUCCCACCAAAGGGGUGCUCAUGUAUCAGCCAUCUUCUGUCCGCGUCCCUGGAGUGAGCACAGUGGAUCCAGCUGCUAUUCCACCAUCAUUAACUGACUACUCUGUACCAUUCCACCACCCACCGAUAUCGAGCAUUUCGUCAGACUUGCCAGGUUUGGACUUUCUUUCUUUAAUCCCAGUUGAUCCACAGUCUCUCUUCCUUAUCGGCAUCAUUGUUUGUUUCAAGCAGUACUGUCCUCCUAUGUUUUUGGAUAGUCUCACCUCAACGUUGCCAACAAGCACCACCCCCGGCAACAUCAUCACCUCCACCAGCCACCACGAGAGCAGCACUCGCGUUAGCUCCUCAGGCAGAAGCGAGACGGCAGCAGUCAUCACUAGCAGUGGGAGCAGCAUUCCUGACAUCAUCUCCCUGGACUGAAUGCCUGCAAAAUCUGCCAGUCAGGAACUGCAUAGAGCUGCCUUUUUGCAUGCUGAAAUCCAUGGACUUCCUGCAGUUUGGACCUUACUUGGAAUAUUUAUUGAAGAAAAAAGCAGCUUUGGAUUCUGUUGUUCUCGGUCUAAUAAUACCACUACAAGAAGAAAAAACUAACUGGAAGGAUUAUAAUUUUUUUUUGUUCUAUUUUUCCCCCUAACUCUACUUGGGAGGAAUACAAUGUUUUGGAACAAGUCAGCCCUUCAAGCUCAUUAUGAAGAAACUGAUAUGGCUUUGUUGCUGCAUGGAUUCCAGGAUGGAUUCCAUACAUGAAUUUUAAUUUCUUUGUUAUAUCCAGCAAUAAUGUAAUAAAACUAGUUCUUAGGGUGUUUUUUUUUUUUUUUUGGUUUUUUUUACAAUUGCUCUGGAAUGACAGGAUCCCAUGUUUUCCCCAGAGGUACAGACAAGGAGGAGGAAUUGUGGUGUUUCGAAUUCUUGUCCUCUCACUGGGUCUUGGAAUAUAUCUUCAAUGGAGAGGACAAAGCUUUGUGAAAUAGUCGGAUAUACUUUGCUUUUUUCUUCCCUUCACCAUCCCUUUUCCAAAUCUGGAUUUCUGUUUUGUUCAGGUUUUGUAUUUGAAGUUCAUGCUGCUCUGAUAUUGCUCAAUCACAAGUGCAAAAAAGCAAAGCUUGAAAAAUGACAUUUUCCCCCUUAAGAUAAUUUGGGGGAAAGAAUGCUAUGCAAAGUCAGCUUCAUGCAUCUAAUCCAUGUUCAUAGAAAUGUGAAUGCGAAGCCCAGCCAUUUGCUUUCAGGACAGAGGUUGCUGGUUCUCCUCCGAUGAAGGAAAAGAGAUUCUGCUUCUGCGCAAGCCCUGUAAAAUGGGCGGUGCUUCAGCUCCUGCCAAGUUAGCUUACCUUGUGUCUCAUUUCACAUCUGCACAAGGAUUUUUGCACCCAUCAUGAGGUGGAGACUGUUUUUACAAGAGCAUGAUUCCUGUCUCUGACUGAUCCUCAUUUCCCCUUUCGGACUAGCUGUGAGAAUGGCAUACUUGAUUACAUGGAUAUCUUUUGGGAGAAGAUUUCACACUAUGGUCUUAGCCUCUUCAGUGCGAAGAGAUUUUUAAUUUAACCAGAGAUUUGGCAAACACAUGCUUUGAGUGCCAUGUUCUGAUCCAGCUGUCCUGGUUCAGCUGAGGCCAUUGUGAAACCACCUCUGCAAUAGGGGCUAUGCAUACCAUGUGAUUUUCUCAUCACUGGAUGGUUCCUGAGCAACCCAGGAUAAGCAGCUCUGAACACUAGCAGGAGUGCAGCUCCUUCAUCUGCAACAUUCUUGCCACACAUUUAUCCAGAGUCUAAUGCUGGGAAUCAUCCUUAGCUAGGAGAAACAUAUGAAUGGACCCUUUUGUUACAAUUAGCCAUUUACUAUUUUUCCAUAGCUGAUCUGUGUAUGAGAAGCACUAGGCAUAAGCCUGCAACUAAUGUCCCUUUUUAAAGGGUUCCUUCUCUGGAAGAGAGUAUCAUAAUAAAAGUGCAGGGGUACCGCCUUGGCCUAUUAGUAGGAGUACCCUGGGAGGGAGUGAACAAGCUUGGUUUUGUUGUGUAGUGUCCGAUCCUCUUCUAGAACAGGCUUCCCCAACCUGCGGCCCUCCAGAUGUUGCUGAAUUACAACUCCCAGCAUACCAAGCCACAAUAAAUUGUGGCUAGGGAUGCUGGGAGUUUUAGUUCAGCAAUAUCUAUCCCGUAGGUUGGGAAAGCCUGUUCUAGAGGUUAUGCAGCCAUUGCACAUGAAAGGGCUUUUCCUGAUGGGAGGGAAAUCAUGCUGGUCAUUCCUGCAUCAAGGGUCCUGCAUACUUUUCAACACAAGGAUUCUUGUAACUUGAAGAGGGAAUUUCAGCAGGUACAUCUUGUCCUGUUACAAAACUGCACAGUGGGUUUUUCAGAGUAAUACUGUAAGUUGUACACUGCAGUUCUCUCCUAUAUAAUUAUUAAAAGCACAGGAAUCCUAAGGUUGGAAGGCCAGCCCUGCUGUAAGACUUUCUGCACUCGUUUCCCCAUCAGCUUUCACAUAAAUCUAGCUGGAUGUUUCAGUUUCUCUUUUUUUAAACUUGUUAAAAUACUGAAGUGCAAUUUCUGGCACUUAAUGACAAUGCUAUGUAUAUGCUUUCUUUUUUAUAAGCAAGUCUUAAACAUCUAUAGAAUAUGUCUAGAUGUGGUAUACAUAGAGAUGCCUGAAUGACAGCAGAGAUGGUUUCCCUCCUUUUCAGUUCGGCCCUGUAAGAACCUUCCUUUCCCUGUUAUAACCUUCUAAGCCAAUUGUCAGCUCCUGUGAUGGAUCAUGCAUUGCACCUAAUCUCCAUGUGUCUGCUAAUUUUAUACUUAUUAAACUGGUAUCUUGGGCUUUGGUUCUCAAUAAAGCCAUGCUGCUUGCUA